AUGGCGGCAUGCCUCCUGCUGUCCGAUAUCACGACAGCAACCUCGAACGUGGUGCGCAUGCUAGGAGUUGACGGAGGACUGAUCGGCCUACAACGAGAUCUAGAGCAUCAAGUGCGGCAUUUGGAAGACCACAUGGAGCGGCGGCAAAGCAAUACCGCGACCGUACAAUCCACAACAAUCUCCAUGGCCGAGAUGAACAGCACAAUCGCGCGUGCGUGCCUAGACGUGCUAGACGACAUCACCGUCAUCACCAACGACGCCGGCCUCUCAGCCUGCUACAACAUCAUGUCCAUGGACCGCUCCUCCAAAACGUUCGUCGCGGAUCUACGCCUCUACAUCGCCGCCUCCCCCAAAGGCGCCUUCACUCAGGUCCAACCCAACAACCUCAUGAUCGGCGUAACCUACCCACCGUCAACAAAAUUCACAACCCUGAAUACUACCGCACCCGCCAAAACCAAAAGACAGGCCGUGCAAGCCAACAACAUGACCGAAAUCCAACAAUACACCUUCAUGGGCGAAAUCGACACCAACAUCGACCUCGAAAAACUCACCGAAGCACAAAUCAUGUCCCUCAUGGUCCCCGCCAUCACCAUCAACGCCGUCUCCCAGGACGGCCGCACACCACUCUCUACUCCCCUCGCCAUCACCGACACCGCUUUCUUCGUCGUGGGCGAUUUUCUGGGCGGGUUUACGGCCGACACAGCCAGCCCGCAGUUCCAAAAGGCGGCGAUCGAGCAGAGUAGUGUGUUUGUGCUACCCGGAACGACGUUUGGGAUCUUUCCGGUGGGACUGAUUGUGACGGGGAGUUGGCUGGCGAUUUUCGUGGCGGCGUAUGGGUUUGGGACGUGGAAGAGGUAUCAGCAUAGGGAGUUUUAUCGGAAGAGGAUGCAUGUUACGUCUGGUGGGGCGCUGAAGGGGUAUGAUAGUGGGAGGACGGGGAGGAAGAUCUAG